AUGGGUGGUGUUACUGUUCGCGAUGUUGACGCACAAAAGUUCAUUGAUUCAUAUGCUGCUUUCUUGAAGAGACAGGGUAAACUCCCAAUUCCAGGUUGGGUUGAUACCGUCAAGACCAGCGCAUCCAACGAGCUCCCACCUCAAUCCAUCGACUGGUACUACGUUCGCGCCGCUGCCAACGCUCGUCACAUCUACCUCCGCAAAACCGUCGGUGUUGGACGUCUCACCAAGGUUCACGGUUCAACCAAGAACCGUGGUUCCAGACCAUCCCACCACGUUAACGCCUCCGGAUCUGUUGACCGUCACGUCUUACAAUCCCUCGAGAAGAUCGGUGUUUUGGAGAGAGAUGAGGAUAAGGGAGGUCGUCGUAUCACUCAAUCCGGACAACGUGAUUUGGACCGUAUCGCACAAACCACCGUUGAGGCCGAUGAGGAGGAAGACGAAGAGUAA